CACAAAAUUCAACAACAACAAAAAUAGCCCCAAUUUUCUGAGAAUGCCUAACGUUGUGGAUGAGAAUGGCCAACCCCUAGCAACAAUUGUGGAAAUAGCCGACGAAUUGGAGCGAACUCAUCUGACACGCUCACAACAAGUGCUGCAGAGCCUGGAGCACAUUCGAGAGCCGGAGGACGAGAUGGGGCAGACCGAACGGAGGAGCUUGAGCCGUAGAUACGAUUCAGGGGUAUAGAAGAGCGCCCGCUCCUUGGGCCACAUACGUCACAGCACAACUAACCUGCCCAUAACCAGCGACACCUGCCAAGGUGUUUGGCUGACAAUUAAGGGGACAACUUUCCACAUUCCCAUCCACAAUGCUCGAGCAAAGCAAACAAAGCAAUCGACCAGAGCCACACGCGAACUGAACUGAAGAACUGAAAGGUUCGGGGUCGGGUCUAAAAACACAAACAAAUUGUGACAAAGUUGCGGAAAUUUAAUUAAAAUCAAAUACUCGUACAACUAAAAUAAACUAUGUCCCAAGGAAAA